UGUGGCCAGGAGAACCACCAUCCGCAAGUUCGCACCAACAAGCACCGCAGACGCAGGGCAAACGCGCCCUACCCAAGACGAGAUAGCGAGCACGAAGCUGCUGCACGCACAUCCAGCUUCGGCAGCAUCGUCUGGUUUCUUGUCUCACUGCCCCACAAACCGAGCGGCCUGAUCGUCUCGACCGUCUCUGUGAGUCUCUUUUCGUGGCUUGAGCUUUUCCUUCGCGGCAUCUGCUACAUCCUCUGCAACGUCCGACACCCAAGAAAGACCAGUCGUCUCGUUGGUGUUAUUGAGUUCUCCGUCACCAAGCAUACCUACUACGGUGGCCUGCAUCGGCUGCUUGUCUUGACCAACCCAACACCUAGUCCGGCGCGCUUCCCAGACUUCACGCGCGGCGUACCUUGCUUUGCAGCUGGCGAACGAACGAAUCAACCAACGGGAGCCCGAAGCUAUUGCUUUGCUUUGCUUCCAUCGCUCCUUUCGGACUCUGCACCCUCGUCGUUCGCUGCUCCAUCAUUCGCCGUACCUGCACUCCUGUCGUGUCCAUCGAAUAACUACACCAAACGAACGACACAGUGUAUCUGGAGUACAUACGACUACUGCAGUCGCCAAACCCCAUUUCACACGCCGCCACCCAUUUCACUCAAACUUCAAAGUAGCUUCUUCUCCAGGAUUCCUUGCGAAGAAGAGAGAUCGGGUUUGGACAACUUACAAGCCACGACUUCAACCGGGCCCAGUUCCAGUGGCAGACGGGGCAGGCGAUCCUCAGUCUCCUCCUUCAACAAGGCGCUUCCUACCUUGCGCAUCUCACCGCACAUUGCAUCCUCAGGGUCUCUCGGCGCAAAACGAGACUACGCUCACCCUAGACUCCACUCUGCCACAUGCGCUGGCGAGCUUCUGGACCUGUCUCGAGCCGCUACUGGCUCAGGCGCAGGCUCAGGCGCAGGCACAGGUCUCUUCCCAUUCGUACCUAUCCUGCCAGGACCAGAGGUGUUCUCUGUUCUCCCGCCCUGUCCCGGCUCCUCGAGCAAGGUUCGCGCCACCCGCUCUUUCUUCUCCACCCCGCCCACCAUCGCUGGACCUUGCCAUACAUACCACACCGGUCCGCCUCAGCCCAAGCCUGUCCGAACUUCCUCCUCCCACCUUUCUCUUCAACCACAGUCGUUCCUUUUCGCAAACACCAGCCGUCCUCCGGUGGUGGGGGUUGCGCGCUUUCGAUUUUCCCCCGAUAAGCCCAUACCUAAUCACGAGCCAUUCACCAGUAAACAAGACGAAGAAUUAUCACGUCCGUCUGGCUCGUCGCGACGACCUAUUUCCUUGACCCUACCUAUCUACAGUAUUGCGACGACGAUUCCCGGACGUCCAGACGAUCCAUCCACGAAUAUCAUAACACGAGGCGACACUUGCGACGACAUUGACCACGAUUACCAAGACAACGUUUUCUUUUUCUCUAUUCCAUUCGACCAAUGUUUUGACGAGAAAGCGCUGUUGAAUCGCACGAUCCUCGAAUCCAGCCGAGGCCGUCGCAUACCUGAUUGCAAUUGA